AUGUCCAAAAUGAAUCUUUUGUACGAUGAGGAUCCUUCAGAUGACGGUCCACCGUCGAAAAGGCAGAAAACUGCUGGAACCAAGAGUGAUGACUUCGAGAACAAAUUGACAUUACCCAUCGCUCUUGAGCUCGGCGAAGAACCUAGAGACCUUGAAAUCAAAAUUCUGAAAGAAUGUCCCACCGCGUCCAAAUGCGAUAUUGCUCAACCAGCAAAAUGUCUAUGUCGAUGCUAUUUUUAUUCCAAAUACGGACAUGUGGUUUUUGUACCGCACGACAGUCAUCACGGUGAUGACGAAGGUCCCGAAGACAAAUGUGCAGAUUGCAUUAAUGCUGAAAGCACAGUGAGAGGACAAUAUGCAAUCGAGAUCUCAGACCACUUGCCCCUUUCGCCUGAAGUUCGACAUAAUCUUGCGUGUCAUUUCCGGGUGAUCAGAGAUAUUUUAAGCAAGAUGUUUUCGACCAAGAUUAAAGAGAUGAGGAAAAGAAUGACUCGAGUAAAGAUCGAAAGUAUGCCUAUCUUACAGGAAGAAACUUCAAUGCUGCAGAAGGAAAUCAAGGCAAUCAAUGGUCAUAUGGGUGAUCUGGAAAGGGAAAUAGAGAGUACAUUCGCUACCGUGAUGAGAACUGGGGAAAACAUAUCAGGAGCAGUGGAUGGUUCGUCGGUGCUGCUGAGAGAAAAUGUGCCGACACUUGUGCAUCUGCCCAAGCAGGAUGCUCCUAGGGCGGGUUUGUUGGAGGAGGAAAUAAACAGAUUGAAGACUGAAAACGAGAGAUUGAAGACAAAGAUACAGCAGUUCGAAGAAGAAAAGGGCAUGACAAGUUUCGAGACCCCAAGUGUUCCCAUAAAAUUCUUUCACCUCAAAAUGAGAAUCUGA